GACGGCUGCUGAACACGCAACCGGGGCCAUUGAGGGCGAAUAAUUCCCGGCGCGACUCCCCGAGAGACCGGGGGCUGGAUGGGCACCUGGCUGGGUGGGGCCGCGGGGCGGUACGCACCCUAAGGGAAGCCAAUGAGAAUAUCAGGUCCUGCCCGAGGGGGCGGUGCCGUCGGUCACAUGCGCACCUGGGGAGGGCGGCGGCGGCGGCGCCGCCGGGACCGCGAGCCGGCGGAUGGGAGCGGGGCCGGGCUGGGGCGGGGUUAGGCAGGUGAGUGACAGGCUCCGGGGGGCCGGCUCCAGCUGGGAUCCCUGAGAGAGCCGGGAGUAGCUGCGGCGGUACCCGCCCCCUCUCUCCGCCCCUUCAGCGGAGCUGGUCUCUGGCCGGGUACCGUCGUGGGCUACCCCCGCCUCGGCCUGGCCACCUGGGACUGUGCUAGGGAGUCGUCCACCUUCCUCUCCCCUCACCAGCAAAGUUUGUGGCGAAGCCGGUGCCGGGGCAGAGUGUGCCGGGGGGCAAAUCGGGGCGCGCCCGAUGCCGGGCGACCGGAGCCGUUGACCCGGGACGCCGCCGUCCGGGACAGGAGCGCGGAGCCGCCGACCAGCCCGCUGCCUCCGCUGCAUGGGGCCCGUCUGAAGAGCCAGCAUGGGCAACUGCGUGGGGAGACAGCGCCGUGAGAGGCCGGUCGCCCCGGGACACCCCCGCAAGCGAGCAGGACGCAAUGAGCCCCUGAGGAAGGAGCGUCUGAAGUGGAAGAGCGACUACCCCAUGACUGACGGGCAGCUGCGGAGCAAACGGGAUGAGUUCUGGGACACAGCACCCGCCUUUGAGGGCCGCAAGGAGAUCUGGGACGCCCUCAAGGCUGCCGCCUAUGCAGCGGAGGCCAACGACCAUGAGCUGGCUCAGGCCAUCCUAGACGGAGCCAGCAUCACCCUGCCUCAUGGGACCCUCUGUGAAUGCUAUGAUGAGCUGGGCAAUCGCUACCAGCUGCCCAUCUACUGCCUGUCUCCACCCGUGAACCUGCUGCUGGAGCACACUGAGGAGGAGAGCCUGGAGCCUCCUGAGCCGACGCCCAGCAUGCGCCGGGAGUUCCCCCUGAAGGUGCGCCUGUCCACAGGCAGGGACGUGAGGCUCGACGCCAGCCUGCCUGACACAGUGGGGCAGCUUAAGAGGCAGCUGCACUCCCAGGAGGGCAUCGAGCCGUCCUGGCAGCGAUGGUUCUUCUCUGGGAAGCUGCUCACAGACCGCACUCGGCUCCAGGAAACCAAGAUCCAGAAAGAUUUUGUCAUCCAGGUCAUCAUCAACCAGCCCCCACCACCCCAGGACUGAUGAGCCCGUGGACUCCUGGGAGGAAAGGCCAGGGAGGGCCUCUUGGGGCUGGGAGGCCUCCAGCUGGAGCACUAGGUCCCCCACCCUGCUGCUGCCUUCAAAUGCUGUUAUUUUCUUCAGGGGUGCCUCCUCCCCGCCCUAUGGCUGCUGGGCGAACUGUGAAGGGACCCUGCCUCCUAGGGGCACCAGGGGCCACCAGUCCCUGGCACCCAGGAAGCAAUGCUGCCACACACCGGCCUUGCCAGCUUCGUCAGAGUAAAGGCGCACUGGAGCCUCCACCCUGCCUCUCUCCGUCAGCAGGCUGGAGCCACGAGGGCAGCCCAGAGGCCCCGGAGCCCAGAUCUGUCAUCUGGUGCUGCUGGGUGUGCUCACUCUGGUUUUCUGCUCAGGGUCUGAAGCAGCUGCUGUUCCCAUCCCUGCCUCCACCCCCUGACUCUGCCUUGGGCACAGGGCCAGUCCCUCGGAGGAGAGGGGACUGCUCGUGAGCCCUCAGGGUGGGGAGCCUGAGGCCGGCCUCUGCCUCUCCCUGCCCCCAGCACAAUUGGCAGAGAUGAGGCAGGUGGCUGGAUGGCUGGGCUGUUGUGGCAGGUGUCUGCACGGGGCCAUCUCUGGGCUGUAACCCAAGCAGCAGGGGUCUGCAGCCUGGUCAUGGCCCCAUAGCAGAUCCCUGUGUACAAACGUAUCUGCAUAUUUAUCAAUAAAGCCUUUUGCUCCUUC